UUUUACACACAUCAUGACGCUCUUGAACCAGCAUACUGGUAACGUGUAAAAGAUUACCUCUUGUAGAUCAUUGUCAUCUGCAACAUACAUUUUAUACAUUAACUGAAUAACUGAAGGCCAAAAGAAACUUUACCAUAGUUUUAAAUCACUCUGGUGUAAAAACAACAAAAGAUAGUCGCAUGAGGUAAAAUAUAUUGACUAGAUCAAUAUGUCAACAUUAACAUUUAACUAAAAAUGAGUGUCAUUCAGCAUCUGAUAAUGACGUCACAUUUUCCCAAAGCGAAGCGGUGUACACAAAUCGAGCUUUCAACUUCAAGGACGACAUGCAAAGCAUACAGACAAUCACUCAAGUCCAAUAACAAGUCACAUUAAUAGCAUGUGUGACCACCCCUUGCCCCAAUACAAGCAAUAAUUCUCCGACGCAUAGAAAACAUCAGUCGUCUGAUGAGGUCACGUGGGACGCGUUGCCAUUCUUCUUGAAGGGCCUGGAUCAGUACCUGUUGGUUGGCUGGAGGGUGUGGUCGUUGUCGAACAUGGCGAUCCAAAACAUCCCAGAGGUGUUCUAUGGGGGACAUGUCUGGGGAGCGUGCAGGCCACGGCAAUACGUUUACGUUGUUGGCUCUAAGGAAGUUCUGUACGAUUCUGGCUGUAUGAGGUCUGGCGUUGUCUUGCUGAAAAAUGACACCACGUGGCUGCCGUUGGAGAAAUGGUAUUGCAGUUGGACGAAGAAUGUCAUCCCUGUAACGUUGAGCUGUCAAGUUUCCGUGAACGAUGACUUCGCUGCCAACGUCGUACAGUCCUAGCCCAUGUCAAUCUCAAACGAUGAUGUUGUGAUGUCAAACUAGAUGUAUCUCAACUACAGUUUUGGAGGUACGUCAGUUAUUACUUUCUGAUUUGAACGAAGCUCUCCAAAGAAAACCAUACAUUCUGAUGUUUACUGGGCCCAAAGUGGAGAUGUGCAUGCGAAAUGUCAACUGAAGAUCUGAAAAUCAACGUCGUGCAAUGAAAAAUGUGAAUUCUGCUCAAAGUGAUAUAUACACAAGUCUCGUCUAGAAAUACACAUGCGUUUCCACAUGGGUGAAAAACCUUUCAGGUGUGGAAUGUGUUUAACUGUUUUUUCAUCCAAGAGUAGCAUAAAAACACACAUGAAGAUCCAUACUGAAGGAAACCAGUUCAAAUGUGUGGUGUGUUCUGAAGAUUUUUGUUCGAGCUAUUACUUAAAACAACAUAUGUUGAUUCAUACUGGCAAGAAACCUGUCAAAUGUGAAUUGUGCACAAAAUUGUUUACCAAAAGGUCCACAUUGAAAGAAUAUGUGGUGUCUCAUAAUGGUAAGAAACUUUCCAUAUGUGAAGUGUGCACAAAUUAUUUUUCACAGAAUUCUGGCUUAAAAACACAAAUAUUGAUUCAUACUGGUGAGAAAUUGUUCAAAUGUGAAGUGUGCACAAAAUUGUAUACAGACAGUUACAGCUUGGAAAGACAUAUGUUGAUUCACAAUAGAAAGGAACCCCUCAGAUGUGAAAUCUGCACAAAAUGUUUUCUGUAUAGUUCCGACUUGAGAAGACAUAUCUUGAUUCAUACUGGUGAGAAAUUGUUCAAAUGUGAAAUCUGCACAAAAUGUUUUACAUAUAGUUCCCGCUUGAGAACACAUAUGUUGAUUCAUACUGGUGAGAAACCUUACAAAUGUGAAAUCUGCAGAAAAUGUUUUACAUAUAGUUCUGGCUUGAAAGCUCAUAUGUUGAUUCAUACUGGACAGAAAUCUUACCAGUGCACGAUAUGUACCAAAUGUUUUUCACAGAGUCCUGGGUUGACAAAACAUAUGUCGAUUCAUACUGAUGAGAAAUUGUUCAAAUGUGAAGUGUGCACAAAAUUGUUUACAGACAGUUGCAAGUUGAAAAAACAUAUAUUGAUUCAUAAUAGAAAGGAACCCUUCAAAUGUGAAAUCUGCACAAAAUGUUUUACAUAUAGUUCCAGCUUGAAAGCUCAUAUGACGAUUCAUACUGGACAGAAAUCUUACCAGUGCAUGAUAUGUACCAAAUGUUUUUCAUGGAGUUCCGGGUUAAGAAAACAUAUGUUGAUUCAUACUGGACAGAAACCGUACAAAUGUGAAAUCUGCACAAAAUGUUUUACACAUAGUACCGGCUUGAAAACUCAUAUGUUGAUUCAUACUGAACAGAAGAAGCCUUACAAAUGUGAAAUCUGCACAAAAUGUUUUCCACAGAAUUCCGGGUUAAAAAAACAUAUGUUGAUUCAUACUGGUGAGAAACCUUACAAAUGUGAAAUCUGCACAAAAUGUUUUCCAUGGAGUUCCAGCUUAACAUAUCAUAUGUUGACUCAUACUGGACAUAAAUCUUACAAAUGUGAGACAUGUACAAAAUGUUUUACACAGAGUUGCGCCUUGAAGCGGCAUAUGUUGAUUCAUUCAAGAGGCAAACCAUUGAAAAAAAUAGAUUGUUUUAAACCACCAGAAACACAGAAGUAGAGACACCAAGUGAAAUGUGAGAUAUGCCCGAAAUAUUUAACACACAUGUCCCUCUUGAAAUUACCUGUUGUAGAUCAUAUUAGUACCAAUAUCUCGGCAGCCAUGCCACCUAUGCUCGUAGUUUUUGUGUUCCGUUUGUACCAACUUAGAAUUAUUAGUUAAUGAAUAGAGUUAUAAAAUUCACAAUAUCA